CCCAGAGAGCACAGGCAGCUCUCUGUGGCCUGUGGCCACGGGGCCGAAACUGGGCUGAGGCAUUUCCAGUGCUGGAGGGACUCAUAAGAGACUGAUAGGAGACUGAGUGAGCGAAGCUACAGCCCACAGGGCGACUUGCUGAGUUUCUCAUCUCCUUUGGAGCAGCAAGAGGUUUUAUUGUUUAAUAUUGUUAAUUUCUUGCUGGAUGGUGAAUGCUUUGUCUGUAAAAUAAACAAGGUUUUUCCACUUUUCUCCAAGGAAAUCUUUUCUCGAACCAGCUGGGGGAGGAGCUGUUUGAAUUCGCUUUCUAGUGGAAACCACUUUGGAGGUUUUUUCCCAAAUUUGCCCUAAACCAGGACAGGGCGGUGGGGAGAGAAGGGAGCCCAAAGUGGCUGGAUUGGGGUGAGGCUGGAUUCAAGAACCCCAAAACCCCCCAGCAUGUUGAAGCAGGACCCUGGAGAGGGGGGAUCCCCAGGAUCCAUGGCAUCCCCAGCACCCUGAGACAGGGAUGACCGGAACCCCAGAGGGAUGAGACUGGAAAUGGGACACUCCUGGUGGCUUUUUUUGAUUCACUCUUGAUUUUUGGAGGUUUUUAUGGACAUCAAGUGACCUCUAGAGAUAGAUUUGGGCGAGAGGAAUGCCCCGACCAAAGGCAUUCACACCUUGUUUUUCCCCAAACCAGGAUUUCCCAUACCCAAACCUUGGCCAGAUGGAGGAGAGGCUGCGAGGAAGAGGAAGAUGCCCCAGGACACGCAGGCAGACAAGGAGCUGAGGAUGGAGACCAGGCAGGACAAAUCCCAGGGCAGAACCUCAUGGAAGUGGCUGUUCUGAGCAGCUCCACGGGGCAGGAAUCCAAGGGGGAGGAAAAGCCCCAGAGAUCCCACAGGAGGAGGGGCUGCAAACCCAGCACAGAGUGCUCUGAGGAGAAAAGACCCACCCUAGGCUGGGAAGGCAGCCAGAGAUGCAACCAGAGCUCAGAGAUGGUGGUCCAUGAGCAGCUUCAUGACAGGGAGAGGCUUUACAAGUGCUUGGAGUGUGGGAAGAGGAGCAGAUUCAACCUGAUCCGCCACCAGAGGAUCCACACUGGGGAGAGGCACUACGAGUGUCCCAAGUGCCAGAAGAGGUUUUGGACCAGUUCCACUUUCCUCCUGCAUGAGCGGAUUCACUCAGAGGAGAGGCCCUUCCGCUGCCAUGACUGUGGGAAGGGCUUCAAGCAAAACUCCACCCUCAUCAUCCACUGCCGCAUCCACAUUGGGGAGAGGCCCUACGAGUGUCCCCAGUGUGGGAAGAGCUUCACCCACAGUUCUAACUUAACCAGACACCAACAGAUCCACACUGGGGAAUGGCCCUACAAAUGUGGGGAGUGUGGGAAGGGGUUCAGCUACAGAUCCACCCUUGUGACCCACCAACGCAUCCACAGUGGGGAGAGGCCCUACGAGUGUCCUGAGUGUCAGAAGAGGUUUCAGAUCAGCUCAGCUCUCCUCCUGCACCAGCGGAUUCACUCAGAGAAGAGGCCCUUCUGCUGCCCUGAUUGUGGGAAGGGCUUCAAGUGCAACUCCAACCUCGUCAGGCACCGGCUCAUGCACACCGGGGAGAAGCCCUACGAGUGCCCCACGUGUGGGAAGAGGUUUCAGGCCCGCUCCAAUCUCCUCAGGCAUCAAAGGAUUCACACAGAUGAGAGGCCCUUCCGCUGCCCUGACUGCGGGAAGGGCUUCAAGCAAAACUCCCACCUCAUCAGGCACCGACGCAUCCACACUGGGGAGACGCCCUACGGGUACCCCACAUGUGGGAAGAGCUUCACCCAGAGCUCUGACUUGACCAGCCAGGAGUCACUGGUAAGGGCUGUCCUGCCAGUGCCCCAACUGCAGGGAGAGCUUUGUGCCCUGCUCCAGCUUCAUCCCCCAUUGGAGGACCCAUAUUGGAAAGAGCCCUGGAGAUAUGUGUUCCCUGUGAUCCAUGCUGGGGAGACACCUGUCCCUCCUCCUGCCCCUGCCAAUGACAUGGUGUGGGAUCAAAGACCAUGAGGGUAUGGCCAGGGCCAUG